AUGGCUCUCAGGGACCUCCUUUCUUGCAACCAACCACCACCCAGCGGGGAAAGCUCGGACUCCGAUUUCGACCGCAAUGCCAUUGAGAAUCUUGAUGACAAGACUGUCGACACUCACUCAGUACCAGACUCCAAUGGAUAUGAUAAUGAGCCUCAGUACCCCAACAAACUAAACCUCUUCUUCAUAAUCCUAAGUCUGAACAUGGCCCUCUUCCUUGUGGGUCUCGACAAUACCAUCAUCUCAAGCGCCAUCCCCAAAAUCACAGACGAAUUCCAUGCCCUCAGCGACGUGGGAUGGUAUGCCAGUGCCUAUAUGCUCACAACAUGCUCGUUCCAAUUGAUGUGGGGCAAGCUUUUCACCUUCUACAUUGUCAAGUGGACCUGGUUGGUGGCAAUGUUCAUCUUUGAGGUCGGUUCGCUGAUUUGCGCCGUUGCUCCUUCGUCGACGGUUCUUGUUAUCGGCCGUGCUAUUGCAGGAGUUGGAACUGGUGGCGUCAGUAAUGGUUGCUUUUUGCUGGUUGCUUACUCGGCACCACCUCGUCAGCGACCAACCUUGAUUGGAAUGAUGGGUGCUAUGUACGGUCUUGCUGCCAUUGCUGGACCGCUUCUUGGCGGUGUUUUCACUAGCAGCGCGAAGUUGACCUGGAGAUUUUGCUUCUAUAUCAAUCUCCCGUUGGGGUUUGUCUGUGCGCUCAUUGUCGUUUUCUUCAUGUCUUCGUUCUCUGGGGGCAAGACUAGUAAGGUCGGUUUAAAAGAGCAGGUGAAGCAAAUGGACAUCCCUGGGACGCUCAUCCUUCUACCCGCAAUUAUCUGCCUCCUCCUCGCUCUACAGUGGGGUGGAACCAAAUACCCCUGGGACAAUGGACGCAUAAUUGCGCUCUUGGUGCUUGCCGUUGUGCUGCUGUCUGUGUUCGUCUUUGUCGAGUAUCGUAGCGGAGAACGUGCAACACUCCCCUUCCGUGUACUGAAGAACCGCAAUAUCUGGGGAUCCUCGAUCUUUGGCUCUUCCGUUGUUGCCAGCUUCUUCACCAUGCUAUACUAUGUAUGUUUCUGUCUACUUCUCGUUUACGUUCCUCGAGGUCUAACGUUCCUUCUUCAGAUUCCCAUCUGGUUUCAAGCCAUCAAGGGCGCCACCCCAAUCAAGUCCGGAGUCAUGACUCUCCCACUUGUCGUGAGCUAUGUUAUCUUCUCCUUCGGAACCGGAAGCCUUACUUCAGUGCUUGGUUACUACGUACAAUGGGCCUACCUGACCGUUAUCCUCGCGGCAGUCGGUACAGGUCUUCUCACUACACUCAAAGUCGAUUCCAGUCACGCCGAGUGGAUUGGAUACCAGGUUCUCUUCGGUGCAGGCAUUGGCUGCGGUAUGCAGACUGCCUUUUCUGCCCCUCAAACUGCCUUGCCUCUUGAGGAUAUACCCGUCGGGACUGCCAUUGUAAUGUUCGUGGAGAACCUUACGAGUGCGAUUAUGGUUUCCGUGGCACAAAAUGUCUUUACCAAUCAGUUGAAGACUAAUUUGGGCGAGUAUGCGACUGCUGUUGAUUACGGUGCUAUUGUGUCUGCUGGUGCUACAGAGCUCCAAACACAGGUGCCAGAGAAGCUUUAUCAGGCGGUUCUCUUUGCCUACAACAAGGCCUUGGAUCAAACUUUUUAUGUUGGUGUUGCUUUGGCUUGUUUGGGGAUUAUAGGUGUUCUCAGUCUGGAGUGGAUCUCUGUCAAGGGAAAGAAGGCAACAGGUUCAAACGAUGCAUAG